GCUUAGUCCACCCGCAGAGACCGCCGGAAGCUGUAGUCCGUCCCGCCUGCACAGUCGGCGCCGUGCUGCCCACCCCGCGCUCGCAGCCCGGAGCCGCCGCCCAGGGGGAUGCGGGAGCCCCUGGCUCGGGGAAGCAGAGAGGCAGGCGGGGAGCUGCGGACGGCAUGUCCCAGGCCCCAGGAGCGAGGCCGAGCCCGCCCUCCGUGUACCACGAGCGGCAGCGCUUGGAGCUGUGUGCCGUCCACGCCCUCAACAAUGUCUUGCAACAGCAUCUCUUCAGCCAGGAAGCUGCCGACGAGAUCUGCAAGAGGCUGGCACCAGACUCCCGGCUGAACCCCCAUCGCAGCCUCCUGGGAACCGGCAACUAUGACGUCAAUGUGAUUAUGGCCGCCCUGCAGGGGCUGGGCCUGGCCGCCGUGUGGUGGGACAGAAGGAGGCCCCUGUCCCAGCUGGCACUGCCGCAGGUGCUAGGGCUGAUCCUGAACCUGCCCUCGCCCAUGUCGCUGGGACUGCUGUCCCUCCCGCUGCGCCGGCGGCACUGGGUGGCCCUGCGCCAGGUGGACGGCAUCUACUACAACCUGGACUCCAAGCUGCGCGCGCCUCAGGCCCUCGGGGACGAGGAUGGCGUCAGGGCCUUCCUGGCAGCCGCGAUGGCUCAGGGCUUGUGUGAGGUGCUGCUGGUGGUGACCAAAGAAGUGGAAGAAAAAGGCUGCUGGCUGCAGACAGACUGA